AUGCCAAUUCCAGAUCAAGUGGAUGUUUUGAGUUCAGCCGUUGAGAAGCCACAGUUUGCGUGCGAUGAAACGAAUGCACCGAAUUAUAUGAUUUAUUGCCAAGGUGAUUUGUUGCACGCAGUAAUGAUGCUGGAUAUUUUCAAAGAUUCAAAAACAUUCGUUGACAAACCAUUGAUAAGAGACCCUGAGGUGGUGGCUGCCGAGUUUAAGGCGCAGUUUCCCGGUGCAAUAACGUUGAAUGAUCGAGAAGCGGUUCGGGAGUUUGUGAACGACAAUUUUCAUGAAGAAGGACACGAACUUGAAGAGUAA